CAGACGACGAUGAGGAGGUUCUAGAAGCUAGAACAAGAUUAAGGUUGAGAAGAGAUAAUCCAAUUAUUGUUUAUUCAGACCAUGGGAAUGGAGAUAACACAUUUGAAUUGGACAUUCCACUCAACACGCAGAAAACUAAAGCUAUAGUUUAUGCAAAAGAUUGUGAUCACCGAGUGCUUCAAUUUCAACUAGGGAUGAGGUUCACAGAUUAUAAAGAAUGCAAAGACGCAGUAGUAUUGUGGGCUAUUAUUAAUGGGUAUAAUAUUAAAUGGACUAGGUCUAGUAAAAUAAGACUUGAAGCUGAAUGCUUCGGGAAUUGUCCAUGGAUGUUGUAUGCUAGCAAAUUGACUUCAGAGCCGACAUUUGUGAUUAAAAGCUACCACGAAAAACACACAUGCAUUAGAGCACUACGCAACAGGCAAGUCAAAAGUGAUUGGGUUGCUAGUCAGUUGGUUGAACUUCUGAAAAGAAGUCCAAACUUGCAAGGUAAAGAAAUACAGAAAGAAUUGAAGAUCAAGUUUGGAAUUGAUGUAACAAUUGAUAUGUGUUACAAGGCAAAGGAGAUCGCACUAGAAAAAAUCAGAGGUUCAUUUGUGGAGGAUUAUAAGAAGCUUAGGUCUUAUGUACUUGAGCUUAUGAAAAUAGACAAAGAAGGAAAAUUUGUGUUGAAGACAUUGCUUAACAAGGAAGAUCAGCCAGUGUUUCAUAGAUUUUUCAUUGGAUUCUCUGCCUUGAAAAAAGGUUUUUUUACUGGGUGUAGGCGUCUCAUUUGCUUUGAUGCUUGUUUUUUGAAGACCGUCCUCAGAGGCGUUUUGUUAGCUGCUGUUGGGAAGGAUUGCAACUACAAGAUGUAUCCUAUAGCAUGGGCUGUAGUUGAGAAAGAGAAUGAAGAGUCUUGGAGUUGGUUUUGUGAAAAUCUUUUUGAAGAAUUUGGCAUAAUUGAUGGCUUUGGUUGGUCAUUUAUGUCGGAUAAGCAAAAGGGGCUAAUAAAUGCAAUACAAAAGUUGGCGCCGAAUGGAGAGCAUAGACAUUGUGCUAGGCACGUAUAUGCAAAUUGGAAGAAAAAGUUUGGAGGCUCGAAGUUCAAAUCUUUAUUUUGGAAGUGUGCAAAGAGUAAUACAACUUCUCAAUUUCAGGACAAGUUAGAACAAUUGAAGAAGGAAUCAACACAAGCCUUUGAAGAUUUCUGCACAAGAAAUCCUAGAAGUUUUUGUAAGUCCCUACUUUCUUCAUAUACAAAGACAGACAUAAUAGACAACAACAUUUGUGAGUCUUUUAAUAGCUUCAUCCUACAAGCAAGAGAUAAACCCAUUCUACACAUGUUGGAAGACAUUAGGAAGAAGCUUAUGAGUAGAAUGCAUGACAUUGCCAACAGUUUGGAUAAAUCUGAGGAUGAGCUUUGUCCUAAUGUCAGGAUAAAGCUAAAUAAGAUUGAGAGUAUGACUAGGUAUUGUGAUAUUAGGCCUGCAGUUGGUUCCAAAUUUGAAGUUCAGAAUUUUGAAGAGUCUUAUAUUGUAGACUUAGGCACUAGAGAAUGCAAUUGCAGAGAAUGGGAGCUAACUGGACUACCUUGCUGCCAUGCUCUAGCAUGUAUUAAUUAUGCUAGAGAUGAUAUUAUUUCAUAUGUUGAUCCAUUUUAUCUUAAGAACACUUGUGUUGAGACGUAUAAACAUGGUCUAGAGCCAAUCCAUGGUGAGAAGGAUUGGCCUAUCGAUGAUCAACCACCUAUCAUUCCCCCAAAAUUUUCGAAACUUCCAGGAAGACCAAAGAAGUUGAGAAAAAGGGAUGAUGACGAGGUAAUCAAGGAUACAGCAAAUAAAUUAUCAAGGCGUGGAUUAGUCAAAAUGACUUGUAAAACUUGUGGGAUGACUGGACACAACAAAAGGAGUUGUAGAGAAUUGCCGAGUACAUCAAGACUUGAGGAAGGUUCAUCAAUACCAAUCCAAAGUCACCCGACUACAUUAAGAACCGAGGCAAUCUAAUUUAAGUUUUUUAGUAGCAUUUGCUUUGAUAGAAGUGUUUACUAAUUUCCUCCAUUUCUAUGUUUACCAGAUGGGUCUAUCAAGAACAGUUCCAAACAUCCCAAGUGCAAAUACUCAACCAAUCGGAAGAGAUAUGGGACUUGCUCAAGCUCAACAAGGUUACGGAGUGCUCCAAGCAGAGUCAGGGAACAUAUUUUGGCAUGCUCCAGUUUCUAGAAGAGUUCAGUUUGUUUCUGGUGCUAGAGCCGUGAGAGAGACAGUUAGGAAUAUCGAAGUGCAAACCAAAGCUCAAUCUUCAAGAGCAAAUUCACAAUUUGAUGACGGUGGUAGCCAAGUCAUCGAUAAUCCUACAUCGUCUUUAUAACCAUUUGAAUUUUUGUUAAGAUUUUUUAGAUUUAUUUUGUGAAUCAAAACUUUCUAUUGAUGAACAGUUGAGGAAGUUAAACUUUGCUUUAUUUUUUGGUUUUAGAAGGUAGAUUGAUGAGGAGUUAUGUUUUGAAAAUUAGAAGCAUUAAACUUU